AUGCACCACCUGCUGCUGAAUAGUAGCUCAGAGGCUGGCCAAGUGGGCGGGGAGCCGGCGGCGGGCGUUGGGAGCCCCACGACGCCACCCGGCUACCUGCCGCUGUACGAAGACGUGGCAGAGGCGGAGGCGGAGGAUGCCGGCUAUGCGCUGAUCGAUGACAUUAGCGAGUGGCUGCUGAGCUCGGCGGGUGUGGGAGUGGGCCCAGAUGAGAACAUGGAUGCGGCGGGAGCGGAGAAUAGCACGGCGGCAGCCAACGACACUCUGGGCUGGCUGGGUCUCGAUCUGGGAGAGGUGCUCAACAGCACGCUCCCGAGCAGUCGGAGCAACGUCAGCUUUGUGCCGGCGGAGGCGGAGACGGAGGCUGCCACAACGGAGCCAGACUUGGAGACGGAAACGGAGGCGGAGCCCAGGGGCCGGUACGCGCUGCGCAGCUUUGUGGAGCAGCAGCUAGAGAGCGGGAUUGGAGGCGCGGCUGCUGGCGGGGGCGGUGGCGAUGCUGGCAUCGCUUUGAUCGACAGCGGGGAGGAGGCGGCGCUGGACAAUGUGGCGGACGCGGAGACGGACUACGGCCUGCUUGGUGGCUUCGGCGAUGCAGAGCUACUCCAGCGGACGGCAACGGCGGCGCGGGAAACGCUGCACAAUCGAACGGCGUCCGUCAGCCACGGCUACGACGGCGGCGGCGGAAUGGGAGCGGGACUGGGAGGAGGAGCGGGAGCAGGAGCAGGAGCGACGGGCGCUGGAGGAGGCGGCGGAACGGGAGGCAGCACCUUCAUGCUGCUGCUAGAGAACUUUAACGAUUAUUUUCCUAACUACAAUGGAAGCACGGUUUCGGGAACAACCACUGCCGCCUCGGGCAUGGUGGUCACCGCCUCCUCCUCCUCCGCCGGCACCGUCGGCGUGGGCGGCCUGCUGAUCGAGCAGAAUCUGACGGGGCUGUAUCUCGACGCCUAUCGGCUGAACUGCACCAACGAGACGCUCAAUCUGACGGAUUCCUGCGCAGACAUGCGUGUGGUGGACCACAACUACUGGGCGCUCAUCCUUAUACUGUUCCCCAUCCUGACCCUCUUUGGCAACAUCCUGGUCAUCCUGUCCGUGUGCCGCGAGCGCUCCCUGCAGACGGUCACGAAUUAUUUUAUAGUCUCGUUGGCCAUUGCCGAUCUCCUGGUGGCUGUGGUCGUGAUGCCAUUUGCUGUAUAUUUUCUGGUAAAUGGAGCCUGGGCCCUGCCUGAUGUCGUUUGUGAUUUCUAUAUAGCCAUGGAUGUGAUAUGUUCUACUUCAUCGAUAUUCAACUUAGUUGCCAUCUCCAUAGACAGAUACAUCGCUGUGACGCAGCCAAUAAAGUACGCCAAGCACAAAAACAGCCGCCGCGUUUGCCUUACGAUACUGCUGGUUUGGGCCAUAUCGGCUGCUAUCGGCUCACCGAUAGUUUUGGGCCUCAAUAACACGCCCAACCGCGAGCCGGACGUGUGCGCCUUCUACAAUGCCGACUUUAUCCUGUACUCCUCGCUGAGCAGCUUCUAUAUACCCUGCAUUAUCAUGGUGUUUCUGUAUUGGAACAUAUUCAAGGCCCUGCGCAGCCGGGCGAGAAAGCAACGGGCGGCCAGAAAGCCCCAUCUCUCGGAGCUAACGGGCGGCAGCGUCAUUGAGAACAUUGCCCAGACCCGGCGCCUGGCGGAGACGGCCCUGGACAGCAGUCGACACGCCAGCCGGAUCAUGCCGGACGAGCCGGCCACUAACACGGCCAGCGGUUCCAACGAGGAGGAGGACGAGAAUGCCAUCUCGCCGGACAUCGAUGACUGCCAUGUCAUUGUGAACGACAAGUCCACCGAGUUUAUGCUGGCCACCGUUGUCGAGGAGACGGGCAACAGCGUUGUGGCCCAGAUCACCACACAGCCGCAAUUGGUCAUCGCCGAUCCGAAUGGUAAUCAUGAUUCUGGUUAUGCAGCCUCAAACGUUGACGAUGUCCUUGCAGGCGUGGGCGUGGCCGCUGGCUCCAACGCCCCCGCCUCCGCCUCCUCCUUCUCCGCGGCCGCCAUCUCAGCAGCGCCGGCAAGCAAUGGCUCCCCGCCGGAUAGUCCGCUGCCCAGCGGUGCCACCCUGCAGCGAUCGAGCGUUAGCAGCCGCCGGAACACCGCCGAUGAUUCGCCGAAGCGUGGCGAGCCGGCCCUCAGCGUCGCCAUGAAGCCAUUGUCCUUUGUCCGCUAUGGGGUGCAGGAGGCCAUGACUUUGGCACGCAACGACUCAACGCUAUCGACCACAUCGAAGACGUCCUCGCGCAAGGAUAAGAAGAACUCGCAGGCGUCAAGAUUCACGAUAUACAAGGUGCACAAGGCCUCGAAAAAGAAACGCGAAAAAUCGUCGGCCAAAAAGGAGCGCAAGGCCACUAAAACACUGGCCAUCGUUUUAGGUGUCUUCCUGUUCUGCUGGCUGCCCUUCUUCAGCUGCAACAUCAUGGACGCCAUGUGCGCCAAGUUCAAGAAAGACUGCCGGCCGGGCCUCACGGCCUACAUGCUGACCACCUGGCUGGGCUACAUUAACAGCUUCGUGAAUCCGGUGAUCUAUACGAUUUUCAAUCCCGAGUUCCGCAAGGCCUUUAAAAAGAUCAUGCACAUGGGGUGAUUGAUCACGGGCAUAGCAAUAGUAACCAGGAUGUGGCAAAUGGAAUUGGAAAUGGAUAUGCAGAGUAGAAAAGUGUGCCAAAAGCAAGCAAUCAACGCACCAAGGAUCUCAGCCCGCCACUCAAUUAGGCAUUGGGUUUUAGUUAAGUCUCAGUUACUUGGUUUGUUUUCUGGGUUGUUUCAAAAUAGCAUUAAGCACCAGCUACUUGUGUAAAUAGAUCUGUAUAUAAACUCCCCCUAGGAUACUACGUCCAAUGGGGAGAGAGCAUUACGAGCUGUAGGAUAGGUACAAUUUUUAACAAUUACAUUUAGCUAAACCCAAAGUCCCCCACACGCGCUAAACACACCCCCAAAAGUAGCCAUAAGUUGUGGUUAUAGGAUCAGCUAGCACCCUAAGAUACGAUUCGCUUUAACAAAAUAAACAGAAGUAGUAGAGUUUUUUUGUAAGCUGCUCCCGGACCUGUCACAUAUCACGAGCAGCAAGCUAUAUGCCCACCCACGCCCCAUCCUGCCCCCCAGAUCAAAAAAAAAAAAGAAAAAUAAUACAAAUGAAAACUAAUAGGUAAGCUUAGAAGAAAGCAUAUCUUUAAGGCCAUAUCGAUACUUGGUGUCGGUGCCUAGAGUUAGUUAGUUAUCGUAUAUCGGUUAACGGUUAUUGGUUAACGGUUAUCGGUUAUCGGUUAGGUUUAGGUAGAGCAAGCGGGGCCUCGAGGUCAGAGCCCUUAACCACACACACUCGCACACUGCACACACGACGAUGAAUUUUCUGGAUUUGAAACCGACUAGCAUUUAUCGUUCACAGACAGAACCCGUUGGGAAUUAUAUGCCCAACUUGACACACACACACACACAAGCAGACUUCACAAACCAAAAUGAGCCCCACAAAUCAAAACGAAUUCGAAGAGCCCUGACCCCGAUGAUGAUGCCCCCGCUUACAGAGCACUUUCCGUUUGACUUUCAGUUCAAGUAGCUAAUAUAUAUAAAUAUAUAUAUAUAUUCAUACCUAAGAAGGACACACGAUGUAAGCGCAUUUAAAACCCAGAGGUCGUACCUAGGCUAGACACUUAGACUAGGAAUUAGGGUAAGCAGCGGCGUACCUAGUACGACACCAAGGAGCGGAGAGAAUGUAUUCGUAUUCGUUACCUAUAUCAGAUAUGUUAGUACCAAGGAGAGGCCACGAUGCAUAGCAAGGACGAGGACUAGAAUCAGGGUACGUAGAGCGUUGCUAGAAGCAAUGUGCAAUGGCAAGGAGGAGAGGAGCUCCAGCUGAAGACCGAACAUGGCAUAUAUAUAUAUAUAUAUACCCAUCGCGUAUAUAGUCUAUAGGGUAAUAUCAAAACAGAGUUUUUUGAAACACGGACCAAGCCCCCGACAGACUAGAUGCCCCCGGGGAUCUGGCCUAACAUCAUCGGCAUCGGCUGGCUGAGAGUGGAGUCAGAGUUCGAGUUUGGCAGGUCACGCUGCUGGGAGCACGCCCCUUGCUCUCAACCAGGAUCAGGAGCAGGAUGGAGGAAGCAAGGCCAGAUCCGGCCGGGCAUCAUCAUCAUCAUCUGUGGGCCUCGGCUUCGUCCUU